GUGAUUGGUACCUUCCCUUCAUCAAAGCAUAUAUCUUAUCUGCCAAAUAGCCAGUGAAGUUAUAUCCUGCUUUGUAGUUGAAUAUUGUGAUGUUCAAUAUGCCACUUCGAUACCUUUUGCUGUUCUUGAUAUUCCAUGAAGCACUACCAUACUACUUCUACAACCCUUUGACACACAGUAUACUGCGCCUUCCAUCUUUGCAAGGCAAAAAGGAUGGUUACGAACUCAUUCCACCACCAAGAAGUCGAAUUAUGACACGAGGCCACAAUACUAACUCCUAUUGCCCAGAAUCAAGAUUCAGAUGCAUCAGCCCUUACAGCAAAGCAGAAACCUUUCAGUUCGAAUGUGAACGAGACUCGCAAUGUCCAUCUUCUUACAAAUGUUGUCCACAGAAGUGCUUCCAACACAAAAUCUGUGUCGAGGCCAGUUUUCAAGCAGAGCAACCAAAUUUUUCUUACCAUCAUCCUAGACAGCUUAUUCAAUCAUCAAAUACCUUGAGCGGAAACCCUGGAAUUUGCGAGAUCUAUAACUUCAAAUGUCCAAAACCUUUUCCUUAUGCUUCAACAGCCAUGUUCAGAUGUGUAAACGAUAAACAAUGUCCGAAUACUUUCAAAUGUUGCCAACAAAAUUGCUUUGCUCAUAAAAUUUGCUCGAGGACUAUCCCUGAAUCAACACAAUACGUCGAAGAAAUGAGGGAGAAAAAGGAACAAGAAGAUAAUGAGUCUAUUGCAACGGAAAGAGUUAUCACUGUGGAGGAGGAAGCUGCUGAAGUCGAGACAGAACAACCAGUAGAAUUACCAACUAAACUAAUUACAUCAAUUACUAGAACGACAACAGGAACUACAACCGAAAGUGAAAUGGAAAUAACUUCUGAAGAAGAAACAACAACGACAUUGGAAACAACAACUGAAACCGAAACAACAGUUCGAUUAGAAACAAUAAAACCCGAAGAGGAGGUUGAAGAAGAAUAUAAAGAUGAGAAAGGUGAUGAUAAAGAUGAUGAUGAGAAGGAUGACGAUGACAAUGAUGACGAUAACAAUGAUGCCAUUGACAAUGAUGACGAUGAUGACAAUGAUGAUGUUGACAAUGAUGACGUUGAACCUAAUGGCGAUGAAACAAAUGUUGAUGAGAAAGAUUACGAUGAGAAUGAUGACAGUGAGAAAAAUGAAGAUGACACAGUGAAACCACUUCGUCAUGAUGCAACCAGGAAGAUUGAAAUCCCUAUUUCUAUUUCUCCUUCAGAUUUCAAAGCUGGCAGAACGACGCCUGAUCCGAAUUCAAUCAUCCCAGAUUAUGCUGCCUACUAUUAUGAUUAUGAUAACCAAACUGAUACUGAAAAUAACGACGACUCAAAUUGAAAAGUGAUAAAUAAAUGAAUCUCCUGAACCUGUGACCAAUAUGAGAGAAUGAUAGUCAUAAUAAUAUUUGAUAUAAUAGUUUGAUCAACUUUUUUAAUUAUUAAAACGUG